AAGGGAACUUGCUCGGUCCCCAAAGCUGGGACUAUCCACGGGUUGAACGCGUCGCGCACCGAACCCCGCGCCGGGCGCGUUUCGGCCAUGUCGCAGAACGCGGUGGAGGCCGCACGAGAUGUGUCUUCGUUCCUGGUGCCGCACCAGAGUUCCGAGGACCUGGUUGCACAGGGAGUUCCUGCCCGGGAAGCCAGGCGCCGGGCCUUUCGUCGGACCAUGAUGAUGGAGGUUGUGAGGACGUUGAUUGAGAUUAUCUUCUACUGGGGCGUUAUCAUGCCUGCGCUGGUGACAUUGCUGCUGGUGGUGAUCUUCUGUACCCGCCUGGCGGAUGCCUUCGAUGGCAAGAACGCCACGGGCUACGUCAACUACGCCGUCUUCGGGCACAUCGGGGAUCACUGUGAUAUGCCGAUUGGUUGGAUGGUACUCCUGUUCUGGCUCGUGACCUUCUGCAAAAUGUUCAGCAUGUAUGCUUGGGAGCGGUGCAUUUUGCGCUGUACGGAGCGAAACUGCUGCCAAAAUGACCGUUGCGAGCGGGUGAGAAGGUUCUUGUGGUACUUUGUGGCCGUUCCGCUGGCACUCUGGGAAUUGAUUUGGCCCUUGACGACCUUCUUGAUGCUCGUGAUCGCACGGGACUGCAGCUGGAAACUGAAAGCCAGCGGCUGGUUGGUUCUCACGCCUUACCUCAUGCUGGUUUUUGUCAUUUGCGUGUGGCUUCUGUGGCUCCCCUGCCUGAAGCCCAUGCUGUGCCGGGCCGGGAUCAUUCCGGACCCGGCCAACCUGGUGCGCAGCUUUCGGCAAGUGAGAUAUGAUCCGCAGGCGUUCAACGAUGACGGAGGCUAUGCCACGUCCUGUGCAAUUUGCCUGUCGGACUUUGAGGCCGCGGAUCAGAUCGUGGUGGCACCGUGCACGCACGGAAACCACGUCUUUCACAGGAACUGCUUGGCGAGCUGGUUCCGCACCGCCCAGACCUGUCCUUUGUGUCGCGCCCAGUUAGGCACUGCUGCGCCCGAGCGAGAACUUGAAGCCCCGUUGGACUCCUAAGGAGACAUCCCAAUCAGAAUCUCGUUGCACUUGCGCUGGUUCGAGAACAUCUCUUCAGCUUCAUCAUC